AUUUAGGGUGACCGUUUUUUUGUUUUGCUACAUUUCGAAGAAGAGUCUAUUUAUUUCGUGAAGCGAAAUGGACUUGCAAAAGGUAAUGCAGCAAAUGUACAGUAGUGCGGGAGUUGUACCGAUGAUGAUGCCGCCUCCGCACUUGAAUAGCUACGGAUACGGCAUGCCGCCUGGCACGCAGCACCAGUCUUUUGGCCCGUAUGCUUUCAAUGGGAACGGUGAUGAGGUUGGUGAUGAAUUUGAGGACGACAUCGAGGAGGAGGACGAGGAGCAGCGCACUCUGUUCUGCGGAAAUUUAGACGAGCGGGUGACGGAGGAAAUUUUGUACGAGGUCUUCUUGCAAGCUGGUCCUCUCGAGGGAGUGCGAAUACCCACUGACAAUACGGGACGGCAACGGAACUUUGGAUUUGUCACCUACCAACGCCUGUGUGCAGUGCCCUUUGCCAUGGAUUUAUACCAAGGUUUGGAACUGUUCACAAAAAAAGUGACCAUCAAACAACAAGGCGCGGACAAGACCAAGCAUCCGCACACCUUUAACCAGAGUCGCUUGCGCAAUCCGUUUAUAUUGGAGACGUCUCCGAAGGCGUCACCUCCACGCCACGCCCGCCACAGCUUGCAUAGCGCCAAACCUUACGAUCGCAAUACGUUUGGGAACAACGGUGAUCAGCGGCGCCGUAGCGACAGCUCCGUAAUGGAACGCAACCGGCCGAGAAUGCCACCAAAGCAACACCACCAGCACAUGCAGGGAGGCAACAGGAGGUCGGACCAACGCCACAAUGAUAAACGCAGAUUACUUUGAGAUUUUAAAAUGCUUUUAAUUAGUAUUUAGGAGUAGCUUAAGAAUAUAAUCAGAAUGAAAUCCAAAA